AUGGCGUUGUUGAGCAAAAUGGCUCCGGCUGCGGCCUGCGCCUGCCGCAGCUUCUUAUUGAAACCGUCAACUAGUCUUAUUCCUGCAAUUCGUAGCUCUCAUGCCGCCGUUUUCAGAAAGCGUCCGGGACAAUUGAUUGUCAACAGAAUCAAGGACGUUUGCCACUUCUACUUCAUCGGAAUUGGUUUCCUCCCUGUGCUCUUCUGUCUCGCUUACAAUCACAUCGUAUAUGGAACCUGCGAGCUCAAAGACUAUCCAACAGAGGGAAAUCCACCACACCACUGGCAGUUCGAGCGCACCCCAAUCCGUCAAUGGUGGGCGAAAUGGUUCGGAGUUUCGGAUGUUGAGCAUCACGAAAGAAACCUUGCCUACUAUGAGAAGCAAGGAAUUCUCGCUAGAUGGAGACAAAUCGAGCAGCGUGUGAAGCAUCUUGAAGGAGAGCGAUGGGAUUACAAAGGUUGGAGCUACCAACCAGUUUCCUCCACCUGGGUCGAUUAUGGAAGAUGGCACGCUUUGCGCAUGAGAGAUCAGUAUGAGCAACACGGACACUACGCUCAGUGA